CAAACUCUCGCGUUGACAAAGGAAGUCUCGCCGCCGUAGUUUUACUUUGAGAGGUUAAAUCCGUGUCAGGCUUCCUCCAGCCACCCGUUGCAAUAAAUUAGAAUAUUUGAGGACUGUUUGAGAGCAGUUAUCGUAACGCGAACCCAACAGGAAGGGUCUGGCUCCACCAUGCGACAUUUAUCUAUCCUGCUGCUUCCACUGCUCCUCCUGCUCCUGGCCUUUCCAGUCUCCGGUGGACGCUACAAUGAAGACUUUGAUGAUGGCGAGGACCUGGCUGACUUCGACGACAACGACUUUGCCGAAUUUGAGGAUAUGAGCGAUGAUGCAGUGCCCGAGGCUGGCACCGCCCCGCCACCUGCUCGGGGCAGCCCUUCUUUGCGACCUGACGAAGACGAGGAUGAAAACGAGGCCACAGUGGAGUUGGAGGAUGGCCAAGAUGGUUUUGAUGACUCGGAUGCCCAAGAUCAGGACAUUUACAGUAAAUAUGACCAGGAGGAGUUUGAGGGUAUUGGCGACAUGGAGAAGACUGGGCACCCCAUGAAAGACCCCCUCAUAAUCCAUACGGUUCCAGCCCAUCUUCAGAAUAGCUGGGAGAGCUACUACAUGGAGAUCCUGAUGGUGACGGGCCUGUUGGCCUACAUCAUGAACUACAUCAUCGGCAAGAACAAGAACAGCCGCCUGGCUCACUCCUGGUUCAACUCUCACAGAGAGCUGCUAGAGAGCAACUUUGCUCUUGUUGGUGACGACGGCACCAGCAAAGACGCAGUGAGCACGGGAAAGCUCAAUCAGGAAAAUGAACAUAUCUACAACUUGUGGUGCUCUGGACGUGUCUGUUGUGAGGGAAUGCUCAUACAGCUCAAGUUCCUGAAGAGACAGGACCUGCUCAAUGUUCUGGCCAGGAUGAUGAGGCCCACCUGUGACCAAGUGCAAAUCAAAGUGACUCUGAAUGAUGAAGACAUGGACACGUUUGUGUUUGCUGUGGGCACCAAGAAGGCGAUGGGCCGCCUCCAGAAGGAGCUGCAGGACUUGAGUGAGUUCUGCGGCGACAAGCCAAAGUCCGGGGCCAAGUUUGGCCUUCCAGACUCUUUGGCUAUUCUAACGGAGAUGGGUGAGGUCACGGAUGGCGUGAUGGACAACAAGAUGGUUCAUUAUAUCACCAACCACGCCGACAAGAUCGAGUCCAUCCAUUUUUCGGACCAAUUUUCUGGUCCAAAAGUUAUGCAAGAGGAGGGUCAGCCUUUAAAGCUACCUGAAACAAAGAAGACUUUGCUGUUUACAUUUAAUGUGCCUGGAAUGGGCAACACUUCUCCCAAAGACAUGGACGCUCUCCUGCCCCUCAUGAACAUGGUUAUCUACAGCAUUGAUAAAGUCAAGAAGCUGCGUCUCAACAGAGAGGGGAAAAUGAAGGCAGAUCGCAACCGUGCCCGCGUGGAGGAGAAUUUCCUGAAGCAGACGCACGCUCAGCGCCAGGAGGCCGCGCAGACCCGACGCGAGGAGAAGAAGCGGGCCGAGAAGGAGAGGAUCAUGAACGAGGAGGACCCAGAGAGACAACGCCGCCUUGAGGAAGCGGCUCAGAGACGAGAGCAGAAGAAGAUCGAGAAGAAGCAGAUGAAGAUGAAACAGAUCAAAGUGAAAGCAAUGUGAAGCUCGCACAAAAACGAGUGGACGUCGCAAAAGACAUUUUGUCAUCAUCUUAUCAGCACACUUCACUGCAUCAUCAUGUUUUUGUCUUGGUGGAUUUUUAAUACUGCAUCUGCUUUUACAUUUGAAGCAACACCACUGGGUUCCAUUGAUUUGUAAUCAUCGCAUUAAUAUACUCUUCAAUGACGUUUUAAAUUAUGUCCGCUGUGAGGUUGCUUUUCUGCAGGCUGUUUUGAAUGAAUAUCUGCGAACACGUCAAUAAAGUGCACUAGAGUCUG